AUGUCUAAUCGUGUUACCGAGGAGACCUAUGAGACCCAAAUUGGCCGCGCUGUAAAGGCAAGUAACGAGCUUGUAAAUAAUUUCCAUCGUGAUGGAGUAGAUCGUGGGUGCAUUGCAACGUUUAACAAUGCGAUGAUAAUAAGACAGAAUUUCACUGAGAAUGAAGCAUUGAUUCAUCGUUCCCUUGAUGGAUUAGUAGACGUUGCUGAUGGUGGCACUCGCCUUUAUGACAGUAUGGUUGAUGUCAUUAGAACUUUCCAUCGUAAUGGUAACCGUAUGCGUCCAUGGGUUUUAGUUGUAGUUACUGAUGGAGAUGAUAACGAUAGUAUUUUGAGUUAUAAACGAUGCAUUGAAGAGGUAUCGCGUUUAUUUACUAAUGAGUCCAGUAACUAUUUAUUUGUCCUCGGAGUUGGAGAUAAUGUGAACUCCCGGAGAAUGGAAGAGAUGGCAGACACUGGCAACUUUAUUUAUAUCCCUGUUAAAGAUUUUUAUGUCCUCGAAUUUGCAUUCUUGAUGAUUGCCUACAAGGUUACCACUUCUAGGACCCUCUCUCUUACAAGCUUAUCUAUCGGUGACAUUUCCACAUCAUGGGCUGAAAUACGAAAUCACAGAGAGCUUAGUAAUGUGGCAAUUGAUUAUGCACUUUUGAUUGAUGUAUCUGGAUCUAUGAAUGUUAAUAUACUUCCACCACCUCCUAAAUGUUUUGUGGGACAUGAUUUGAAAGAGAAGUUUCACAUCGGUAAUUGGUGGUGCGAUGUGUGCGGGGAAGAUGGUCGAACAACAACUUCAAAAUAUUAUUGUGACUAUUGCGAUUUUGAUGCUUGUCCUAGCCAUUGUGAACCUGGACGUGAAUGUAAACCCAGAAGCUACUGUCGAAAUAAACAUCCUCUUCGUUACACUCAGCUAUCCACAAUAAAGGGGUGGAUAUGCAAUGAAUGUAAUAAGAUUUCUACUGGAAAACAUUUACGAUGUCAUCAAU